AUGGCGCGGCGCCUUUUCCAUUUCGGCGCCAGCAACCAGGAGGAGUCGUCACGGAACAACAGAACGAGUGUCAAGUCCAGCAAACAAGCACUGGUAGUGAUGAAGCUUCAGACGGGAUCACAUCUGUCUGGCGCUGCAUCCUUCACCCUCCGCUGCGAGAUGCAAACGACGGGCCUCCAUCCCCAGGCGCAGAGGCAGGCCCCCAGUCUGGCAGUCUGGCAGUUCCCCCAGGCCAGAGGCCCCAGCAAGUCUGAGAGCAAAGAACAACGCACAAACGCAGAAUUACAGAUUGGAGCCGAGCCUCGCCUCGCUGCUUGGAGCGCGAAACAGGCCGCAGACAAUGCAGCCUAA